AUGCAGAACAUGCGAAGCCUGCUGAGUUAUCCUGUGUAUCCAGACAACUGCACAAAGUUCAACGACAACAACGUCGUCACCCUCAGCCAGGCGAACCAGUCGGUAACGCUCAAAUGUGACAGCGGCACCUCCUUCGCGCCAGUAAAUUUUGAGAACGCUUUCGAAGAAGGCGAUUGCAACAACGAACGCACUUUGGCCAGUCUGCAACUUACGGGAUCCACUCUGGUCCAAGGGCCAUCGUCUGAUGGGAAGACUCCUGCAUACACAUUGACAGUCGCGAAGUUGCCUCAAGACGGGCCCAUCAAGCUCUGCUACAGGUGCAACCAGGCACAACUGGAUCUUAUGAGGCGUGAGGCAGAACCUGCAUGCAUUAUGCGAAUCACUGUUGAGGCUGACCAACGCGUCGAUCCCGAACUACCCAACAGUGAUGAAGCUCCUCCUUCCGAGGAUUCCGGGAGUACGCAUACUUCAACGAGCCAAACACCAACGAGCGGCGCUGUAGAGGAGAAGCCCAGUCUCGGUUCAGCCAUUUUGUCAGCGUGCUUUCUGAGUCAUUUCGCUUUGCGUGUAGUUUAG